GAGUGAAUCAUCAGCGCCUUAAAUGAGGCCCUUAAAUCAGGUUGUCAAAAUCAGAAGAAGCUACUCAUAAUAACAUUUAUUUCCUUUUUAUUAGAGUUAAAAUCAGUUUUUGCUGGCAACAGCAGUGAUUUUGUGCGUUGCAAUUAUGUCACGAAACGGACUUAUAUCCCACAUCAGAAGGUUGAUAGAGGUUGAGGAGCAGGCCAGGAGCAGGAUUCCGAGUCCUUUUGAUCAGCUACGCCAUCAGAUGGAUGAUGUUUUAGGAGACGGAGGAAUCCUGAAAGAAGUUGUUCAAGCUGGAGAAGGCCCGCUUGUACCUCAACACGCUUCAGUAUUGUUCCAUUUCUCUGUUUUUUUGGAAUAUUCUGACCAGCCUUUCGAUACAAAUACACACAUGAAGUACCCCCGGAUGUUGAAGUUGGGCAGAGAUAUAACACUGGCUGGACUUGAAAUAGGUCUGUUGACCAUGCAGAGUGGAGAAUUCGCUCGUUUCCUCUUUGCGCCACAGUAUGCGUACGGCACCAUGGGCCUUCCGCCGAUCGUUCCACCUGCUGCCGUGAUUCUGUAUGAGGUUCACAUGAUUGACUUCCUGGACUCUGGCAAGGUGGACAACUUUAUCUCGCUGAGUCUGGAUGAACAACAUGUAACACCUCUGUCCACGUUCCUGGACAAUGUGAACACACUGCGCCGUUUUGGCAACCGUUGCUUCAACCAGAGCCGUUAUGACGGUGCCAGACAUCGCUAUAAACAGGCAAUGCGCUUGCUCGUGAAGAGGCUGCAGGGAAAUAAUGAAGAGGAGUCGCAGCUCAAGUCAGCACUGCUUCCAAUUUAUUUGAACCUUUCAAUGACUGAACUCCACCUGGACAACCCCAAGAAAGCCUUGAAAUAUGGCAACAAAGCCUUGGAGAUGGAUCCCAAUAACACAAAGGCUCUAUUCCGCUGUGGAAAGGCUUACAUGGAGCUGCUGGACUAUGAACGCGCCAUGGAUUGCCUCAUAACCGCUCAAGGACAGAAGCCUUACGACAGUGACAUCAACAAGCUUUUGAAAGAAGCGGCCAUGCGUCACAAAGACAGCUUGGAUAAAGAGAAAGAAAUGUGCUUCAAGAUGCUCAGACACACUAAAGACAAAGGGGGGGUGUAAUGAGAGUACAUCGGUAA